AUGGAAGAACCUCCCAGGAACAUUGAAGAAUUCUUAAAGUCUCAAAAUUGGGAUUAUUGGCCAAGGGAUGUCCUUUUUGAAGAUAAUGAUAUAUGGGAAUACACUCUGAAUAAAAUAAAAGAAGAUUGUUCAUUUGCUUCAAUUUAUACACAUCUACAGGAAAAUAUCCCUCGAAUAUAUGAUGCCCAGUUGAUCAUGGAGUCAAGAUUACAGGAAUGUUCAACUCUUUUGGAGAACCAUGCUGCUAAAAUAUUUGAGUUGCACAGCAUAAUUUUAGAGACAUGUUCUCAAGGAACAUUGGAAAAAUACAAGGCAUUUCUAAGGAAGUACCAUAAGAAAAAGAUGAUAAUGCUUUCAGAUGGCAUGGAGACAAAGAAGAAUAUAGAGGGUUGCAACUUCUCUGGAUUCAAAUUAAAUGCGCUUACUCAACUACCCAGAAAAUUGGAUGCCAAACGAAUUUUUGUUUUUAUUUUAAAAGCCCAAAACUUUGAUGAAAAAGCUCUUAAAAUGUGGAAGACUCAUUUUCUCUCAGAUGCCUCUAUUGCUCUUUUGCAUGAUUGCUUUUGGUGGUGGUUUCUCCAUAAAUUUAAGCCUGACAGAGAAAAUCAAGAUUUCUUGUUUGAUAGAAUCUCAGAAAGUUACGUGAGACUUUUUGUGAGCAUACCUCUAAGUCGAAAGGAUGCAUUCUUUCAGGUGUAUCCUGAUUGUUUGGCACAAGCUAUCUGUACAACAUUCCAGGAAGCAUUUCCAGAAUCCAGUGAUCUCUUUAGUGAUGUAUUUAAAGAAGAUCUAGGGAAUAACAUUUUUCUUUGGUUGUCAGGUUUGAAACCACGAAAAGGAUUUUGGACCCACUGGAAACUGCAAGAACUGUCAGCAACAACUCUACAUGGUACCAAAAGAGCACCUUUAAUCUCUGUAAAGGACAGGAUAGCAAGAAGUCAAGAACGUAUAACAAACUAUAUAGACUUCAAUAUGAUGAAAAUUUUAAAGAGCCCAACAGCACAUACAAUGUCCAUAUCCAGAGAAGAAUCAAGAUUACCAAAACUAACAACAAAGUCCCAUUAUAGUAGCAUUGGUCCAGAGUUUAACCGUGUGCUCUUCAAUUUUGGAGGUCAGAGUCCACUGAUUUUAUAUUAUCUUAAGAUGCAUCAGCUAUCCGGAAUUCCUCAAACCUCUAAACAAACCAAGGUUAAAUUCACUGAAAUAUCACGAGAACCAUCACCUGCUCCAACUUACUGUGAUAUUAUAAAGGAGGCAAAGAGACAAUUCGAAAGGAAUCAAAAGGAUUUCAGGAUACUCCAAGCAAAGGCUACCAAGAAGCCUUAUGAAGUUGAAGCUGAGUUUCACAAGUUUCUACAUAAACUGCGUUAUGAAGUUCAAGUUGAGAGAGACUUUCUGGCAUCACCAUCAUCAGCAUCAACAACAGAAGACCACCUAUGAGGAAGAACACUAAAGAGAAAUCAGAAAUA